ACGUGCCUCGGCGUGUGACGUAGUGGAGGGCGGGGCUUGAUGCGCGGGUAGUUUGAAUUUCUGUCAGGAAGAGAUCCGCACCGCACACUCCGACCAGGACACGGUAUAGCAAUCUGACCGCGAGCCUGGUGCCAUCUCCCGAGACCCUCCUGUAACCUGCGGCCAGUGACGGUGAUACCGGUUGUGUAUAAUAUUAAAAUGGAGACCAGACGGCAGCCUCUGAAGCGUUUGUGCUCCAAUUCUGGAAUUGAAUCUCCUAGGAAGAAACGUUUGACUGUGUCCGAGGAUGGAACUGAGAACUGCGAGGAUUUCACAUGUUCUUCCAGUGCAGACUGGUCUACGUUGCUGCGGUUAACAGAGCAGGAAAUUAAACCAGAUACCCCAGCCAUCCCUUCUGUCAGGUCCAGGAUUCAGAUGCUGAGAGAGAACAGCAGGACAGGUGCCUAUGGAGAGGCAGAGCUGGACUCAGGAGGUGAUUCUCAUACAUACAGAGAAGAUGGCAAGGAAUUUACUUUGUUGACCAAUGGUGUUCUUAAAGGUGGGACAGACAAGAUAACAGGUCAGGAUGUGAGCUUUGAAUGGGAAAAGACCAUGGAUGAACCCCUAGCACACAGCACCAUUGCACCUCGUCAACAUCUUCUGUCCCGCCACAAGCCAGCAAGUGCAGAAACAGCCAGCCGUCUCCGCAAGGAGAGGCAGGAAGAACUGGCUAUGGUCAGCUUCAUGGUGGAUCGCAGUAACCCAUGGAGAGUGGAGUCCAUGAGACAGCGACAAAAGUGGAGUGAGGGACAGGCCUCUGGGGGUUCAGACCCGGGACAGUUAUCCCUGGAAAGUAGUAGUGGAUCCUUAGAUCAGCGUUAUGUUUCCUCUCUAGAGGUGCAUCUCAAAGGAACCAUAGAUUCUGAUUCAUUUAAAGAAUGCAGCUUCUCCCAGCAAGAGUAUUCAAAAUCACCCUCUUUUGAGCAUACAGAGGAAUCUAAUGAAGAUGAGAGUUCUGGAUGCAUUGAGGAUGUCAAGGACCAGGUAACUAUGGACAAUUCUGAACUGAUUAACCGUCUGUUUGAGGGUGUCUUGGACAGCAGCCCUGGCUCUACAGAGGACCCUCUGGAUCUUCCACCUGUGUCUUUGUUAUCUCCACUCACCAAGUCUGCAGAUCUGCAGGCAGCCAUUAGCCCUCUGAAUUCGGUUGUGUCUAGUUUACCAGAGCUACUAACGGGAAGUCCAGAUACCCCAGUAUCCUGUUCACCAGGCAAGACUCAUCUCCCCUACAGCAUUGAUAAAUAUCGAACAAUGAAAAGGAAUGCACAAGAUGCUUUGGAUACCCAGCCCUCUGUAAGACCCUGUGACUCUCCUCCCAGAAAGAUCAUCGCUACUGAUCUAAAGGAGAAGAUCAAGUUCCUGAGUAAGGAGGUAUCUGCACUCCAGCGUAUAAUCGAGCAGUCAUGCCGUGCCUUAAGCUGCUGUGUGGAUGCUGAGCAUGGCAAAGGGACUCUGCAAGAGGCGGAAGCAGAGCGUUUGCUACUGGUAUCCAUGGAGAAAAGAAAAGCACUGCUAAAAGAGUUGGAUGCCCUACGGAAUGAUGUGCCAGGGAAUCAAAAACCUGUGUGUUCUGGAAUCUUAAAGCCAUGUCACAGUUCAAUCACAAUCUCAGACAUUCAGCUUCCUCUGAAAGUGGACUAUGUGUGUUCGGACAUGCGUAAUUUAGGGAAUCCAAGCCAUUAUUUUCUGGUACUGAUCCGUUAUGGAACAUAUGACAUUGUGGCCACACAACUCGCUAGUGCUGCUGAUGCCCAAACUGGUGACACGAUCCUGUUUCCUACAACAGUAACUCUGAAUGAUGCCUCUUCAGACUUCAGGAUUGAAAUUGAGGUUUACAGUCUGGGACAAAGUGAGCCUCUUACCAUUUUAGAGAAACGCAAAACGUCAAAGCCCAAGUUAACGCCAAAGAAACUCCUGGGAUCCAGGAAAUCCAGUCUUGCCUCUCCAGCCUGUAGUCCAGCUCUGAGCAUCCCUGUGAGGUCCAGUAGGUUCCUCCUGGUCGGAUCUCUUACCCUCUCGUUGGAUUCUCUGGGAAAGUUCAAGUUUCCUCUUGAAAAGAUGAAAUUGGAAGGCAAAGUCGGUCGCCUACUUGGAAAUCAUUUUCAGGAUAAGGUUCCUUUCUUAUCCCCACUUGAAGGGAGCUUAUACCUGAAGCUGCAUUGCCGGAGCCACUCGACUGUCCAGCACAAAGGUUUCUUGACCAUGUUUGAAGAUGUCAGUGGGUUGGGUUCUUGGCACAGACGUUGGUGCGUCUUGUCUGGAAAUUACUUGUCAUACUGGACUUAUCCGGAUCAAGAGACCCUCACAGAGCCUUUAGGACAAAUAAACCUGGCAAACUGUACCAGUGCCCAGGUUGAGGCUGCCAAGAGGGAAACCUGUGCCCGUCCGCACACACUGGAGCUGAUCACUAUGAGGCCGCAGCGUGAAGAUGACAUGGAUACCCUGGUAACACAGUGCCGCAAUACCCUGUGUUUUACCAAGAACUGGCUCUCUGCUGAUACCAAGGAGCAGAAAAACCAGUGGAUGGAUUAUCUGAACCAGGUGCUUGUAGAUCUUCGUACUUGGAGGACGAGCCCAGGGAGAUCAUCUCCAAAUCCACAAUUAUGGCAGACUCUGCACCCCUCAGUUUCUGACGCUGCUCCUUCUGUUAAAGAGCCAGAUUGCUGACUUAAGCAGCUUCUGUAAAGUGGUGGUAUUUUUCCUGGAAAUGUGUAUUGUUUGUUUAUGUAACCUCUGUCUUUACACUAGCAGCUAAUUGUCACUACUUAUUUCUGAUUUAAGUGAUCACUCCUAUAUGCAUGAUGCAGUGACAACCAAAAUAUUACUUCAGUGUUUAGGUCAUAUAACCCCACUCACCAAACACUAAAGUGCAAGUGUAGCGCUUAAAUGAUUUCAGGUAUAACAAUGGGAAAGUCUGUUUAUAUGUAAAUAUAAAAGAGAAGAAAGCACAAUAAUGCUAAUAUUUAAGUUAGUGCAAAUGAUAACUGAAUCAAAACUUCAAAUCCUGUGCUAAGGUUUUUAAAUUGCAGAACUUCACUUGCCAUUGGAAAUAAGGGAACAUCCACAUUAAAUUGCCUUGCCUUCCUCACUGCUUCUCAAUUUUACAAACGACUUCUUAAUGCACCUUAAUAUCUGGAUUUUCCAUAUGCGAGUAAGGUCUCUCUUUACUUUCCAUCGCAGACUAUUUUUCUGCUGCUUAAGGAUCCUUUGUGGCUGUGCAAUGUCCUUCUGUGAUAACAUGAGAAGAAUAAACUAUUCCAACACAACAGACAAACCACUCAAUUUCUACCACUUAAAAUCCCAUUGCAAGGUUUCCUUUCUAUUAACUGUCUGUCAAUGUUUUCUCACGUGUGAGUCUUUAUUCUGUUUGAUCAAAACCCUUCGAGGAACUGCAAACGUGUUGUAUCUCCCUACAGCAGCAGAACUCAUACCUUUUAUUUAUCGCCAACAAAGGGGAAGGGAUGCUAAGCAAACUCCACAUCCUCGAAAUCUGUGCCUUCUACAGUGAAUGCAGGAAUCCUUAGUACUGUUUCUGACUCAUUACCACUAAAUGUAAAGUACAUAAUUCAAAUGACCGUGAAUAUAGAUAUGUAAUUCUUAGAUGUCAGCCCUUAUAUUUCUUCUCUAUGGCUUAGAUCAAUGGCAGAACUGCUAGGUGGAUCAGUUUUUGUGCUUGAAGUUUAUUGUGGGGUGGAAAAUAGAUUACGUUGGUAUGUUCUAGCUACUGGCUGAAAUAGUAGCAAAAAUCUCAAGUCUAUUUCCUACCAGCACCAUAAACCAAACACAAUACACCUUAAAAUGAUUAACUUCAUAAAGUAGAAUUCAAAUGUCACAUAUCCCCAUCAUUCGCUGGGCUUUAUCGCAUUGAACCUUAUAUCCCCUUUUUAGAAUUGGGAUGGCCAAAUGAACUUUGUCAUUCAAUCACUGUUUAGUGUGGAAAUCUUUCUCUGAUGCAAGAAAUUUCAAAAUAGAUCAGUGCAGAAAGACUUUUUUAAAUUGGCAAAUCACAUGAUUUUAUACAGGUCUGUUAUGUGCUGCAUUAGAAACUGAUUGUGUGUGUGUAUAUAUGU